GCUCGCGUGUGAUGUGUUUGUGUAUCCUCAGUGUUUUUCUCUCUUUAUAGUGUAUUAUUGAGUUUAAACAGAGUCUUGUCUCUGUGUAUUUUAGUGUUGAUGAUGGAUGAGAUGUGCUGUAAAUCAGUAGGAACUGAUCUGUCCAUGCUGGAUAUUGAUGAUUUCAUCACAGAAAUCUCUCAGCUGAAGAAAGAGGUGGCGUUACUGGAGACAAAGCUGAGGUUAAGAGGAGAUGAAGGACUGAAGAGAGAGGACUCCGAGCUCAGUCUGACUUUACUCUGUUAUACUGAGUCAAAGCCCACAGACGCUCAGGACACUACAGUGUGUGACAGUAAUCAGGGCUUACAGGAUGAGGAAUCUACUGAUCAAACCUCCACAGAGUCUCUGGAUUCUGUCUGGAACGCUGGAGAACAGCAGCAGAUCCUGCAGACCAAACUCAAGAUGUGUUCAGUCAAACUGGAGGACUGCAAGAACCUCAUGAUGAAGACGGGAAAAGAAACCCCAGAGGAAGAUCACACUGAUGACGAUGAUGAUGUGGAGGAGAAGAAUUAUGACAACGACGAUGAUGAUGAUUUUAUUCCUUCAGGCGAAAAGAGUGAUUCUUAUUCUGAGGAAGAAAUAACGUCCUCAACAUCAAAAGAGAGACGGACAGCACAAUCUUUUUCCUGCACCACUUGUGGAAAGACAUUGAGCUCACAUGGACAUUUAAAGAGACAUGAGAGAAAACACAAUGAAGAGAAACUCUUCACCUGCAGGAGAUGUAAGAUCAGCUUUACUACCUUACAAGAAAAGGAACUUCAUUCAAAAGAGCACAGAGAGGAGAAGAAGAAGUUACACUGUGAGAAAAUGUAUGAAAAGCCUUUCUACUGCACUGAAUGUGACAAAUAUUUUAGCACCAAAGGAAAUCUUGUUGCUCAUCAGAGAAUUCACACAGGAGAAAAACCAUACGAGUGUCCUCACUGUGAGAAGAGAUUCAACCACAAACCUCAUCUGACGAAACAUGUGCGUAUACACACCAAUGAGAGACCGUAUCAGUGCAGUCAAUGUGGAAAAACCUUUACAGAAACCGGUUCUUUAAAGUUACAUGAAAAAACACACACUGAAGAGAAACCCUAUCAGUGUUCAUACUGUGAUAAACGUUUCCGCCAGAAAGGUCAUCUGAUAUGUCACGAGAGAGUUCACACUGGAGAGAAACCGUACGUCUGCCCUCAUUGUGGAAAGAGCUUCAAUGAUCCAUCUCAUUUCAGAGUUCAUAAGAAAAUUCACACUGGAGAGAAACCUUAUCACUGUAAUAUCUGUGGGAAGAAUUUUAAUCGGCAGAACAUUUUUGUGAAUCACCAGAGAACUCAUACAGGAGAAAGACUUUACAAAUGCUCUCAGUGUGAGAAGACGUUUGCUCGACCAGAUGUCCUGAGAACCCAUGAGAGAGUUCACACUGGAGAGAAACCUUACGUCUGCUCAAUCUGUGGAGAGAGAUUUGCUUAUUUAGGAGGUCUUCAUACUCACAAGAAGAAACAUACUGAAGAACAAACUACACUGAAAUCAUCAUAGCAUCUUUUAACUUUGAAACAAUUUAGCUUAAACUCACAUUUCUUAUGUUCUUGUUGUCUUUUUUUUGCAAAAUCAAUUUUUUUGUUCUAUAUGUAAGGAAUAAUUGAUACAGACCAUUGAAUUAUUUUAAAAUAAUGCACAACUGAGGUAGUAAUGCGGCACAAUACAAAGCGGAGUCAAUUAUUCCUCUUAUACCAUGGUUACCACAGACAUUGCUCUGGUGGUUAUUUUAAGAUAUUUAACAGGUCAGGUUUGCGUUUUGCAGAAAAAUAAUCAACACCUGUAAAACAUUUGCAACCAAUCAGAAUAAAACAUUCAACAGCUCCAUGGUUGAGGCAGAAAUAAUUAUCAGAUUGAAUCAGUUUGAGAGUCUCCAUUAUUGUUUUCUUCAUGAAUCGAAAGCAAGAAACAGCAUCAAUCCUGGGACAAGUUGAGCAAAAUAUGUUGCUGACAAGAUUCACAUCUACACUCAUCAUACAAACUUCAACAGUGGUGACAAUCAACAAACUUAUUCAGAUAAACCGAUCAACUGCAAUGCGUGCUGGGAGUUAUGAAUGCGUUUUUAAUAUGGUGAUAUUACACUGUUGCUGCAUGCAGUUUUUUCAUUUUUGUGUCACAGUUGUUGAGUUUUUUUAUGCUGAUUCUUAAUGUCUGUGUGUAUAACUGUUUGUACUGAUUGGUAAAGUCUUCUGAUGUAUAAUUUCUUUUUAACCCUUUAAAAAGUCUGUCACAAAUUUGCACUAUAGUGCUACACCAUGAAGGAGCUUAAAGGGGUCAUCGUGUGAAAAUCUGACUUUUUCUGAUGUUUAAGUGCUAUAAUUGGGUCCCCAUUGCAAUACCAAUGUAGGUAGUGAGUCUUAUUAUAAUAAUAUCACCCCUUAAUCUGCACUAUUCAACCAUGGCAUUGCAAUUAAGUGCAGAAAGAAAGAGAGAGAAAUUGACAGCACAAUUGAGUUUCAAUUUCAACAAACCACCAUCAUGGCCAUCAAUAUUUGCAUUUCAUUGGCUCAUUUGCAUUUUAAGGGACACACCAUAAAACAUCAAAUUUUUUAUUGCACGUACAAAUGGUAUAAUAAGUUAUCUGUGGUGUAUUUAGAGCUAAAAUGUCACAUAUGCACUCUGGGGACACCAAUAACUUGAUUUACAUCUAAAGAAAAUCUAAUAAUAUGACCCUUUUAAUGUUAUGUGUACAAAUAAAGCUUAUAGUACAACAUGUGAAUCAAUUAAAUAAAUGUAUUUACCCAUUCAAGUGUGGCAAUAAAUUGUUUUUGAG